ACCAGACCAAAAAGACAACUUGUCAAGGCGGCGUGUCAGUCAUGUCAGAAGCGUAAAGUGAAGUGUAGCGGUGAGCGUCCCGCAUGUAUGCUCUGUCAACAAAGAGGUCAAUCUUUUGUCUACGACUCCGAAGCAGGCAUAUCACGGGUCGAAGCCGUGCGCCGCCGGAACAAGGAACUGGGAGAACGAAAUUCUGACUAUGAGCUUGUCUUCAACGCUUUACAUUCUACUCCAGAGCCUGAAGCCUUCGAUCAUCUUCGGCGUCUGAGAGAGUGCCCGGAU